ACCUUGGCGUUGUUACCUCCCAUCAUUUCUAAAGAAUUAAAAAUGUAAAAGAAAUUGUGUAUAAAGGGUGAUUCAGGUCGCUCGUGACAGCCGGCAUGGCCUGGCACGUAUGCAUUUCUCAUGUAAAAUUGAUUCGAAAAUGUUAAUAGCAAAAUGUUGAAGAGUCAAGAGUUUUUAAAUGGUGAGCGUUUUAAAAUAUUCAACCACAAAGUGUGAUGUUUGCGCUGUUAAGGCAACCGCAACCAAGCGAUUUCUUCACUGUAUUUUUCACCUUUGCUCUCAUAUUGUAAUUUGGAUUUUUGUUCAUUUUAUUUUCUGAAUAAGGAAUUAUUAUUUAUAUUAAGUAAUGCAAAUUUUAAAUGUAUGCAGGUAAAGACUUACAACGAUGAAUAUAUUCCUUCAACCGCAUCCAGUGCUGGCUUCUUCGGUGUUAGCUGAAAAAAAUAAAUCUGACGAUGGCAACAAGACUGAUCUCGUCACAACCGUUGUCAAUGUUUUAGGAAUUAAAGACGUUGUUUCGAUUAAUCUUAAUAUUACCUUAAGCGACUUAGGUAUGAAUUCGUUAAUAGGAACAGAGAUAAAACAGACUCUUGAGAGGAAUUAUGACAUCGUAUUAUCGGUGCAAGAAAUCCAUGCUUUAACCAUUACGACACUGCAAAAAUUAUCUUCGACGGAUAGCGAAUAAGCUUUACUUGAUAUAACAAAAAUAUAAAAACUAAAUAUUAUACUGUAAAGCUAUACAUUAUAUUGUAAAACUAUACAUUUUUACUAGUUUAUUCUUGCAAAUUAGAAAAUAUAAAAAAAAUAAUAUAAUCCAAAUUGCGGGGUGUGAGUGAUACGUUCAAAACAUUGUAACUUUUGAAUUAAUCAAUAAAAUUUAAUAAAUUAAUAUUGGGAAAUAUCGUUUAAGAUUUAUAUUUCAAUAAGAAAAGU